AUGUCGAUGGUUGGAGUUUUAAAAGACUAUAAUUGUGUGAUAGAGUAUCAUCCAGGAAAUGUCAAUGUGGUGGCUCAUGCACUUAGCAUGAAGGAGAUUAUCGAUUUGAGGGUUAUGUUUAUUAAUUUGCGUGUGAUGGAUAAUGGUUGUUUAUUGGUAGAGUUGCACUUGAAUCCAACUUUGAUGGAGGAGAUUAAAGCAAAAAAAACCUUGUAUGUAACUUUGUUGCCUCAGGGUGUAUCAAUAUCUGUCAUCUCUGAUCUUGAUCCAAGAGGAUAUGUUACGGGCUAUGUGAUUGAACUUCGGGGUAGUUGGGAGGAUCACUUACCAUUAGCAGAAUUUGCCUAUAAUAAUAAUUAUCAGUCUAAUAUCCAGAUGGCUCUGUAUGAGGCUUUCUAUGGACAUAGGUGUCGUACACCACUCUGUUUGACUGAGUUGAGCGAGCAAAAGGUUUUAGGUCCACAGUUGGCUCAAGAGACAGAAAAUGUGAUGGCUCUGUAUGCUUUCUAUGGACAUAGGUGUCGUACACCACUCUGUUUGACUGAGUUGAGCGAGCAAAAGGUUUUAGGUCCACAGUUGGCUCAAGAGACAGAAAAUGUGGUACGUAUGAUUCAAAAUCAUCUUAAGUCAUCAUUCGAUCAUCAAAAUUCUUAUACAGACCUUAAACGUAAGGAGAUUGAGUACGAGGUGGGGGAGCAAGUAUUUUUUAAGGUCUCUCCGUGGAAGAAGGUGCUCAGAUUUGGUAAAAAGAGGAAACUAAGUCCCAGGUUCAUUAGACCAUAUCAUAUUCUUAAGAGAGUUGGUCAUGUGGCGUAUCAGCUUGAGUUACCUCAAGAGUUGGAACGUAUCCAUGAUGUGUUCCAUGUUUCUAUGCUUCAUAGGUACAUGUCAGAUCUGUCGCAUAUAGUUUCGUUGGAAGAAAUUGAUGUGAGAAAAAAUUUGACUUUUGAGGAGCAAGUUAUGAUUAUAAGAAGAGAUGAGAAGGUCUUAAGGAAGAGGUGGAUUCCCUUGGUCAAAGUCUUUUUGGAGGAAUCACGAUUCGAAAGAAACGACUUGGGAACCUAA